AUGACAGCAUUAUGACAGCACUGAAGAACACACGGCUAAGUGAGAUGAAGAAAGACAGACGACUCAGCAGUCACCCCCGUAAUAAAGGCCUUGCUCUGCUCGGACUAUACUUUGCGGAUAUAAUGUCUGUAGUGGUACGUUCAUUAUAUUCCAAACAAGAUUCAAGUCAGACAAAACACGUCAGGCACCCAAACACUGCUGACUCAGUCCUCAUUUAAAUAUUCAACAACAAACGACAAAGAUACGAAGCAACGCGUCUGAUUUCCUACGACCACACGCCGGAAAGCUUCACGCUCAGCAGUGGCAGUGGUUUUGCUGAAGUUGUUGGUUAGGGUUAAAUGUUUUAAGUUUUGUUAAUUAGUGGCUUCCUCUUGCAGGAUGACAUGGUGCGUGUAGCAGGUUGUAACGGUAUGGACACACCUUCGGCGUGACGGUAUAUAACAGAGAAGACAUGCUUCGGUUUCAUCCUCACCGCUCUCCAAAGGCUCAGGCACGCACCUCCACAGAGCAACAUGAUCGAUGCAUAUCGAGCACACUGGGUGGCGCUGUUUGCUCUCCUACUUUGGGCACCUCUGCUGGCGGCAGCAGAUUCAGAAGAAGAGGCCCCUUCAGAUUGGACACUGUGGAAAAGCAUUCAUCAAAUAUCCUACGAUGAAGAGAGCGACGAUCUUCAGAGAAAGGUGAUCUGGGAGACCAACAUGCAGAUGAUUGAGAAAAACAACCAUGAUUUCCACUUCGGACUGUCAACGUUUAGUAUGGCAAUGAACAAAUAUGGUGACCUUACCAAGAUGGAGUAUAAACGCUUGUUAGGCGCCACAAUUAACAGCCCAGUAAAUAGGAGAGGAAAGACUGCAUCUGCUCAAACGCUCCGUUUAAAUGCCAACAGACUGGGAUUGACCAAUGUUGACUAUCGCGCACAGGGAUAUGUGACUGAAGUCAAAGAUCAGGGAUACUGUGGGUCUUGCUGGGCCUUUAGCACUACAGGAGCCAUUGAAGGACAAAUGUUCAAGAGGACAGGACGGUUGGUGUCCCUCAGCGAGCAGCAGCUGGUGGACUGUUCCAGGUCUUACGGGACGUACGGCUGCAGCGGAGCCUGGAUGGCAAACGCCUAUGAUUAUGUGAUGCAUAAAGGGCUGGAGAGCACUAACACUUACCCCUACACAUCAGCCGAUACUCAGCCCUGUUUCUAUGACAGAAGUUCAGUUGUAGCCAGAAUCAGUGACUACAGGUUCAUCCCAGCCGGAGAUGAACAGGCUCUGGCUGACGCCGUGGCAACCAUCGGCCCGAUCACCGUCGCCAUUGAUGCCGAUCAUCCAAGUUUCCUCUUCUACAGUUCAGGACUCUACAAGGAAUCUCACUGCAAUCCUAACAACCUCAAUCAUGCUGUGCUUGUUGUUGGUUAUGGCUCAGAGGGGGGCAAAGAUUACUGGAUAAUCAAAAACAGCUGGGGAACAGGAUGGGGUGAAGGAGGCUACAUGAGAAUGAUCCGCAAUGGCAAAAACACCUGCGGGAUCGCCAGCUACGCUCUUUAUCCGAUUGUGUGA